AUACUUGUAUUUAGCGAUUUUUACAAAUAUAUACUUUCAUCAUGCAGAAGAAAAAUGAGCUCGAGAAUCUUAUGAUAUGUACAGUACCUGCAGUAUCAGAAACAUUAGCAUUACCAGAGAUUGAUUUUCCAAGUGAUUUAAAGCACGCAUUAAAUUAUAUGUAUCUAGAACAGAGUUCUAGUUACUGCUCAAAUCUAUAUAAUAAUUAUAUAAGGUGCAUCGAAAGUUUGUCGAAUGUACAAAGAAUAACCGAGUCUAAUUAUUUGAUCAUAUUAAAAAUAUGCUUGUAUCUAAUACAAUUUGAACUGGAUCUUAAAAUGAAAAAGCAUACAUUGUCAGAUUAUGCAAUUGAGAAAUGUAAUUCAGAAAACCACUUUAUUAUCAAUGUGUCAUCUUUAAAUAUUGAGCCUUCUAAGCUAAUUGGAGUAGGUGAUAUUGCAAUUUUUCAUGAAAGUACAAACACAGCUCGUGCAAACAGACCAUUUGUGGCUAAAAUCAUAAAAAUAUUAAAAAAUAAUGUCACAGUGAAGCCCUUUCAUCCUGCAAAUGCAAUAACAUUGAGAGACAAGGAAAAAAGAUUUAAUAUUAAUUUCCAAAGCAAACAUUGGCCAUUAAGAUGCUGUCAUUAUGCAUUAACAAUAAUAAGUGAAUGCAAUUGGCGUGAGAUUAUAUAUCCACAAUUGAAGACAAAUUGCACAGAUGUGGAAUUUGACAUUAAAUGGAUAAAUACUAAUAUAAAGGAGAAUGAACGACAAAAACAAGCAGUGAUGAAGAUAUUGAAUAACACAGCACGCCCUGCACCUUAUAUAAUUUUUGGUCCUCCAGGUACCGGAAAGACGGCGACAUUGGUUGAGGCUAUAUGUCAGAUUGUGAGACAAUAUCCAACGAAAAAUAUAUUGGUAUGCACAGUAUCUAAUGCAGCAGCUGAUGAAAUCACCAAAAGAUUGAUUAAACAUAUUCCAAUAAACUUAAUAUAUCGAAUGUAUGCCCCAUCAAGAGAAUGGUCGUCUGUGGAUAAAGAAAUCCGACCAUGUGCGAAUUUUGCUGAAGACACUACAAUUUUUUUGUCAAAAGAUAUACUGCUGCUGAAAAAAAUUAUUAUUUCAACAUUAUCAUCAUCUAUAAGAUUGAUUGAUAAAAAUUUCUGGAAGAAUCAUUUUUCUUACAUAAUUAUUGACGAGGCAAGUCAAGCAACUGAACCAGAUAUGUUAAUUCCUCUCGCGGUAACAAAUCAAGCUAAAGAUGAAGAGAUUGGAUUUCAAGCACAAAUUGUUAUCGCAGGUGAUCCUUAUCAAUUAGGACCUGUAGUUUGUUGCAAGAGAAUUGAGCAUCUGCUCGGAACAUCUAUGCUAGAAAGAUUAAUGAAUGAUUGUGAUCCGUAUAAAAUGCAGAAUGGAAAAUAUAAUCCGAACUAUAUAACAAAAUUAAUAAAAAAUUACCGUAGUCACAAAAAUCUUUUAUUUGUGUCAAAUAAAUUAUUUUAUAACGAUUUGAAGUUCUGUGGAGGAGCUGAUACGCAAAUGGCAUUGGACUGGUCGCAGUUGCCCAAUAAAAAAUUUCCCAUGAUAUUUCAAGAAAUAUUAGGCACAGAACAAAGAUGUGAAUCUCUAAGUGUCUAUAACAUAGAUGAAAUACUAGCAGUAUUGGUAUACGUAGAUAUACUGAUAAAUACUAAAUUUAAGAAAUGCAAGAUAGCACCAAAGGACAUUGGGAUUAUAACGCCUUUUACACAACAACAGCUGUACAUUAAACAUCACUUAGCAGCUAUGGGUUUGAAAGAUAUAACUGUGGGAACAGUUGAAACAUUUCAAGGACAAGAACGAAAUGUGAUAAUAUUAUCAACAGCACGAUCUAAAAUCUUCAAACACGAUAGCAAAGAGCACAUUGGUUUCUUGUCUAAUCCAAAGAGAUUUAAUGUUGCUUUAACACGUGCAAAAGCGCUUACUAUAAUAAUAGGAAAUCCAAAAAUACUACGCACAAACGAACAUUGGAAACUAUUGUGGGACUAUUGUAAAGAGCACAACGGAUAUGUUCCAUUUAAACAGUUGCCGUUAAAGAAGAACAGUAAAGUAGCAAAAUUAAUGGACAAUCUUCAAGCUUAUUCAUGUAAUGAUAGCAGUACUUCAAGUGCAACAAACUUAUCCGUUACCGAGAACGAAGGAAAAAGAAAAACUGUAACAUUAUUCGACGUACUUGUACAUAAAAUGGAAAGCUUGAUUUUAAUGACCGAUCAAAAAUAA